UGCGUCGAAUUACCGGCAAUCCCCAAAAAGCGAAAGUUCCUCGUUCCUUCCAUAUCGGUGUUUGUUUAUCUAUUUAUAGAACUACCUAAUUCCUCUCAUUUCUAAUGGCCCGUUCCAUCGCUCAAGCCCUAAAUCUGAUCCGAACCACCACCGUCGCCACCUCAUACACCACUCGAAAUGCUCUGCUACUGGUAGCUUCUAGGAGCGAGUCCACUCAGGCAGACAGGAGCACCGGAUCUGACACCCCGGAGGCAGAGGCAGAGGCACUGGCGGUGCAGAGGAUUGAGGAAGCCAUUCAUCGGAUCAUAGUACGGCGAUCGGCUCCCGAUUGGCUUCCGUUCCGUCCUGGUGCUUCUUACUGGGUUCCACCUCGACGUAGUUCAUACGGUGUUGCCGAUCUCGUUCACAAGCUCGCUAAUACGCUCACGGAAGAGGAAAUUAUGUCUCUCGCUACGUUCCGUGGCUGGCCUUCAUCCAAUUUCUAUCUUGAUAAUGACAAGUGUAAUUUGGCCAAAAAAGAAGUCCAGUCUGAGGACGAGGAAGUUUAACUGCAAGCAUGAGCAUGGAUGGGGAAAGCAACUGGUUCUCCUUUACUGUUGUUAAGGUUUACAAAUUUGUGUACAUAAUGUAGCUGAACAGAGGGUAUUGAGGAAGCAUUUCCAAGCUGGAAUAUGUACAUAUAGGCUUCCUGUCAUAUUUCUUUUUUAAUGGAAGAGUAGUAUCUUGUCGAAUGUACAGUGUAGGUUUAUUUUGUUUUGCACUAAUCCAAGGUAAUGGGUAUGUCUGCAUACAAGCUAGCUCUUUGCUAUGUUUCCGUUUUUUAGGUCACACCUUAACCUCAUUAGGAAGCGGAGUUGGAUAUGCCCUUGUUAUUGUAAUGUUGUCUUAUCAUCUUAGCUUUUGUAAAUACUUGAAAUAAAUCUUUGUUGUCCGUUAUUUGCU